AAAAGAUUAAUUAACCGUUUAUAGAGUGACAUAACAAAACAUAAUAUUGAAGAUAACCUCACUUUAAUGUCAUGCCGGUUACGUGAAUUGUGUUAAUUUUUAGGGGUAAAUUUUAGUGAUUGAAGAAGAAUGUUAACUCUAUGGAAAUCCAGUUCUUUAAAAUAUCGCGCCAUGAGCGCAAAAACCGGGUUUUGUUUUUCAACGUUCUUUCGAGAAGGUACAAGAAACUCAAGUUUGCUGUUAAAUGUUAUAAGCAUGGGGAGAAAAUCAAAAAGAAAACGUGAUAAAAUCUUAACAUCAGCAAUAAAUGAUAGAAUAUCUUCUAUUAGAAAUUCAGAGAAUCAGAAUGUACCAACAAAUCUUGUACAAGAUACACAGAAAAAGGUAACGCCAAAAAAAAAGGUGCAAUCUUUAAGUCCCUGGAAAACUGUGGUAAGUUUCUAUGAAGAAUACUCGAUACAACAAAAAAUAAAGUUUAAUUUAUCACCACAAUACGAUAACAUAAAUAAUUUUAUUCAAUGUACAUUAAAAUUAAAAUAUCCAAUAAAAGUCAACAUACGGUCUAUUGGACAAUCGAGAAAAUUAGCUUUACAGAGCUGCUCCUUAGAAGUGUUACAAGUUUUAAAAGAAAACAAUUUUAUUAAUGACAAAAAACUAUUAACUUAUAAUGAUUUUGUUGAUGUUACCGCAAGAUAUGAGAAUCAACGUAAAUGGGGACCAACCAAUCUUUUUAGAAGCGCUAUUUUAGAUAUAAAUAAAAAUAAUAUGAUCGCGCAAACUUCUUUAACACCUAAACGCAACAUCACAACAACCUCGCGAUAUAAUCUUAGAAGUUUAACAUCAGAAAAACCAAAACCAGUUCAACCCAACCAAUCAAGUUCAGAUAAAAUUGUUUUAACUCCAAAAUCAACAAUUCACAAUUAUUACAACAUCAUUUCAUCUCAAUUAAAUAAAGACUAUGGUGUUACAACAUCUUAUACUCACUUAAAACAUCAUCACUUACCUUGGGCUUGUACUUAUCAUGUAAAAUGGCCUGAGGAGAUUGUAUUCACAAAAUCUGGUUUUUCAAAAAAAGAAGCCGCCGGAAAAGUCUGCGUCGAAAUUUUGAACUAUUUACAGUCUUUAAAUUUGAUUAGCUCACGUGGUGUUCCAAUUUUGAAAGAAGAAAAAAUUAAUGAAAAGCAACAAUCAAAAAUAAUUAGUUUAAAAGAUGAUACAGUAAAACAAUUAAAUAAAAUUAACAUGAUUUAUCAAGAGAAAUUGCUUAAAAGUCUACCUGAUUAUUCAAUAAAUCUAGAUGAUAGUUUAAAUGAAGAGCGCAAAGAAUUAUUUUCAAAUCAACGUCGAGCACAAAAAAAAUCAUUCAUGCACAUUAUAGAAGAAAAAACUAAUCUACCAAUAUCAAAAUACAAAAAUGACAUUAUUGAAGCUGUAAAUAAUAAUCAAGUUACUAUUAUUAAAGGUGAACCUGGUUGUGGUAAAAGUACCAGAGUUCCUCAGUAUCUUUUGGAAGGUUGGGCUAAAAGUCAGGAUCAAGAACAUUGCAAAAUUCUUGUUACCCAACCUAGAAGAAUAGCUGCUAUUAGUUUAGCUGAACGUGUUUCAUAUGAAAGAAAUGAACAGGUUGGAAAAACUGUUGGAUAUCAAGUUCGUUUACAAAAUUCAUUUUGUCCACGAUUGGGAAAAAUUCUAUACUGUACAACAGGAAUUCUUUUACGAAAAAUGCAAGCAGAUCCACAUCUCUUAGACUGUUCUCACGUAAUUCUAGAUGAAGCACACGAAAGGGAUGUAAACACCGAUUUGUUAAUGAAUCUUUUACGUUCAGGUUUGGAGAAGAAUAAAAACUUAAAACUUGUUGUUAUGUCCGCUACAAUUGAUGCGGGAAUUUUCCAAGAAUAUUUUAAAUCGUCCCCAGUUUUUAAUAUUCCUGGUUUUACAUAUCCCGUAAAACAACAUUUUAUUAACAACGCUAAUUCAUUAAAUUUUUCGAAAACUUUGGAAAUGUGCGAAUCUAAAAUUCCGCACGUUGUUUGCCCAGAAGUGGUAAAACUAAUCGAUUAUAUUCAUAACAAUAAAGGAGAUGGUGCGAUUUUGUGCUUUUUACCUGGUUGGGAAGAGAUUAAAACGAUUGCGGAGUUACUAGAAGAUCGUCGCGAUAUUCGUACGUUAUGUUUACAUUCCAGGCUCUCGAUGGUGGAACAAAAAUUAAUAUUUUCAAAACCCCCUCGAGGAAUGCGCAAAGUUAUUUUAUCAACAAAUAUUGCUGAAACUUCCGUAACCGUGGAUGAUGUUGUUUACGUCAUUGAUACAGGAAUACAGAAGGAAACUAGAUUUGAUAUAACCAAAGGCGUAACUUGUUUAGAUAAAUCUUGGAUUUCCCAAGCAAAUGUUAAACAGAGAAAAGGACGAGCCGGAAGAUGUCAACCUGGCGAAAGUUUUCAUCUAUAUCCUAAAGAAAAAUGCGAACACUUCGAAGAAUAUCCACUACCAGAAAUUUUAAGAACAUCCCUCACAAAAAUCGUUCUUGAUAGUAAAGUUUACAGUAACAAUAUGAACGCAAUCGAAUUCAUGAGCCAGUUAAUUUCACCACCAAGCGAUGAUGCUAUAAAAUUGGCUGUUAAAGAAUUGAUUGAUUUGGAACUUUUAGAUAUAGAUGAAAAUUUAACAACACUUGGUCGCGCAUUAGCCAAUUUUCAAUUAGAGCCGAAAUUAGCUAAAACUAUGGUAAAUGCAAUGGUUUUCAAAUGCGUUACCCCAAUAAUCGAUAUUGUUACGUUAUUUUCUGAAGAAAAAGAACUCUUUAUGGGCGGAUUACGUUGCAAGGAAACGGUUAAAAAAAUUAAAAAAGCUUUUUGUAGUAGCAGCGAUCAUUUAUCUUUAAUGAAAAUCUUUGAAAAAUGGUUAGAAUACAUCGAAACUGAUGAAAUUAAUGCAGCGCAACGAUUUUGUUUAAGAAAUAAUUUAGUUGAAUCAAAAUUGCAUACUUUACAACAAUUAAGAGAUAUUCAUUUUGAAUACUUAGAAAAAUAUUUGAAAAAUGUUUUACCAAUUUCUGAUGAUUUAUCUGAUAAUGAUGAGUUGAUAAAAGGAGUUUUACUAUCUGGUGUUGGUACUUUAAUGGAAUACUCAUCAAAAGUAAAAGGAAAAAAGAAAAAACACGUUUUAUUAACAAGAAGUGGUCAUAAUGCAGUAAUCACAACUGAAAGCGUUAAUAGCAGACGCGCUUCAUAUUCAAGUGAUUACUUAAUUUAUAUAAAUGAAGUUGUUUCAAACGUUCGAAGAACUAGUGUAAUUAGAGAAACAAGUUUAGUCUCAUUGCUUACCCUACUUUUAUUUAAAAACAAUAAAAUAAUUAUAGAAAAUUUACCUCAAAAUGAACAUUCCUCUGACAUUAACUCAACCGAUCAAGUACUUUUAAAGUUAGAGAAUACUAAAUAUAAAUACAUCUGUGAUAGAAGCCAAGCGGAGGCGAUACAAAGUUGUAAAGAAGUUUUGCAAUCAAUGUUACAAUAUUACAUCUUUCAAUUAACAAACAGUGGUGUUUAUAAUGAAAAUGUCAAUAAAAAUUGGGAUGAAAUGUUAAAUAUACUUAAUAGUCUCUUAGAGGAUGUUAAGAUUUCGUAAUUUUUUUUAGAUAGCCAGAUUAUUUUAUUGUCAGUUGAUAAUCAACUGCUAUGUGUUUUGAUUUUGUUUUAAUAAAUAUUUUCUUAUCGUUGCUGUAAUA